AAGAGGAAAACAGAAGAAAGAACAAUGGAAUGUGUUUUCCCGCACGGUAAACGACUAUCGUUGUAUACAACUUCGUAAAAUAUUACCCAAAGUUGGCUUCCUAACUCACUCUCUUUUCCGUUCCAAACAAGACAAAACAAAAGCCGCUAAUGGACUCCGUUGCCGGAGCUCCGUCCACCGCCGUGGUUGUUCCGCCGCGUCCUCCGUCGUCAUCGCCGUUCCCCGGCCGGGAAGACUGCUGGAGCGAGGAGGCGACGUUCACCCUCAUCGACGCCUGGGGCGAGCGCUACCUUGAGCUCAACCGCGGCAACCUCCGUCAGAAACACUGGCAGGAGGUCGCCGACGCCGUAAACCACCGUCACGUCAGCAACAACAGCAAGAAACCGUUCCGCACCGACGUUCAGUGCAAGAACCGCAUCGACACCCUCAAGAAGAAGUACAAGAUCGAGAAAGCUAGGGUUUCCGAUUCGCACUCCGGCUAUCUCAGCCCCUGGCCUUUCUUCUCUCGCCUCGACGCCCUCAUCGGCGACACUUUUCCGGCCAAAAAGCUUUCUCCGCCGCCCGCCGCCAAACCGCCGCUGCAGCCGCAGCCGCUGGCGUGGAUACCUUCACAUCCCGUCGGUCCCCGAUCCGGAACUCAGAAACGGCCGGCUCCGGCGCCGGCCAGGGAGGACUCGACCUUCCGGCGGAAUUUCUCGGCGUUCGCCGCCGCGGCGGCGGCUGCGGCGGAGGCGGAGAGCGGCGAGUCGGAGGGUUGGAGGUCGAGUAGCGGUGGUUCGGGGAGUGGGAAGAAAGAGAGAGAGAGUGAUAGGGAUUGGGAAUUUGGGUACAGAGAACUUGCUCAAGCUAUAGAGAGGUUCGGCGAGAUAUACGAGAGAGUGGAAGGUAUGAAGCAAAGGCAAAUGGUGGAGUUGGAGAAACAGAGAAUGCAAUUUACUAAGGAUUUGGAGAGCCAGAGAAUGCAGCUUUUCAUGGAAACGCAGGCUCAGUUGCAGAAAAUCAAACGCUCCAAACGUUCUUCUGGAGCUGACAGUUUCUCAUAGCAAGCGGUGAUGGAGAAUCUUAUUCGGAAGAAUAGAUAGAUUUUACCUUUGGACAUGAAAGCAUAUAUAUAUAUAUAUAUAUAGGCCCCCUUUUUGGAAUGAAAAAUAUAAUUUAGGAAAGGCAUUUCACAGUGAGAUUCAGGUAUGGUUGUAUUUAUAAUGUAAUACUUGCUUUUGUGAAGUAAGUAAAUAUACUUUCUUUUUUUCUUUUAUCACCUUUGAAGAACUUCAGAAGGUAAAUAUGAACGAAGAGAUUGUGGAUGGCUUACUCGGUUGAAUCUUACAGUUUUGUUAAACUCAUUUAGAUUUUUAGUGAUGAUUUACAUUAUUGAUUUUAUUCUGCACUGGUUUUCUGCCUUGUUCCUAAAUCCUUCGUAAAAUGAAAUGGAAGAGAGCACGGUAC